CAUGAUGUCCCCAGGUUGGAAUCAUAAAUCACCAAAUUCUCGGCAGGCAGCUAGAUAUAAAUUUGGAGCCCUACUGUAAAAGAGCAACCGUGAUCCCAAGGAUGGCUACUACCCCUCACCCCCACACCCCGCAAUGUGGGUAGGAGGUAGCUUCUAGUUUACCUGCCCGCCAAGUUCAAAUUAUUUUUGUCUUCUACAUCGCACGCUGCCCUCUCUAACGCCUGGCCCAGAAGUCUACCUAGGUACGGACACCGCUGCUUGGGACUACUUCCACACUUAUCAUAUCGGCUAUCAUAUCGGCUACAAGCGAUGAUGGCUUCUGAAGCAAGUGCGUCGACAUCGGCGGCGGCGGCUCCGCAGCCUGUGGCCAUCGUCUGCGUUGGAAUGGCAGGCUCAGGCAAGACGACUUUCAUGCAGCGCAUCAACGCGCAUCUGCAUGCGAAAAAAGAGCCACCUUAUGUCAUCAACCUCGACCCUGCCGUCUUAAACGUCCCCUUCGAAAGCAACAUCGAUAUCCGAGAUUCCGUCAACUACAAAGAGGUCAUGAAGCAGUACAACCUAGGUCCCAACGGAGGCAUCUUGACGUCGCUGAACCUCUUUGCCACCAAAGUUGACCAGAUCUUGGGUCUUCUGGAGAAGCGCGCCGCCCCGGAUCCGGAGCAACCUGGCAAGAAACUCAUCAAGAAUAUAUUAGUCGACACCCCUGGUCAGAUUGAAGUCUUCGUAUGGUCUGCCUCUGGGCAGAUUCUCCUCGAAUCCCUCGCGUCUUCGUUCCCUACCGUCAUAGCCUAUGUCAUUGACACGCCGCGGACGGCUUCCACUAGCACCUUCAUGAGUAACAUGCUCUAUGCCUGUUCGAUCCUCUACAAGACUAAGCUGCCCAUGAUCUUAGUCUUCAACAAGACUGAUGUCCAGGACGCGAGCUUCGCGAAAGAAUGGAUGACGGAUUACGAUGCAUUCCAGGAGGCUUUGCACCGCGAUGAAGAAGGCAACGCCUUUGGCGGCGUUGAGGGCGAAGGUGCGGGCAGUGGAUACAUGGGAAGCCUGCUCAACUCCAUGAGCUCGAUGCUGGAAGAGUUCUACGCCCAUCUCAGUGUUGUCGGGGUCUCGUCUAUGACUGGACAAGGCGUCGAUGAGUUUUUCGCCGCUGUACAAGAGAAAGCCGAAGAGUUUAAACAAGACUACUUGCCGGAGCUGGAACGGAAGAGGAAGGAGAGAGAUGAGCAGAAACGCAAGAUGAGGCAGAAGGAGCUAGACAAGAUGAUGAAAGGCAUGUCGAUGGGUGAAUCUAGCGGCACGGCAGAGCCCAAGACGGCUGAUAACGAUGACUCGGAAAUCGAGAGCAAUAACGGGGACGAUGACGACUACGCAGAUGUUGACGAUGAGUAUGACCGCGAGGGACUACAGGCCAGGUAUGCGGCAGCCAUGGAGGCAAACCAGGACUCGACGAUGGACGACGCCAGUUUCGCCAAAUUUCUUCAUACACAACGAAGGUAAGAAGUAAUGAAAUGGGGGCUAUUAAAGGGAAAAGUAUGUUAUUUGGAAACGGACAUAUGGCAAGUCAAGACAAAAGCCGUGGAGUUUAUCGGUAGCAUAGAUGGCGCAAUGAUACCAAUUUUGAUUUUCC